AUGGCCUCUAUGAUUUCCUCUUCAGCUGUGACAACAGUUAACCGUGCCUCUACGGUGCAAUCCACCGCAGGGGCUCUAUUUGGUAGCCUCAAAUCUAUGUCAGGAUUCCCAGUUAAGAAGGUCAACACUGACAUUACCUCCAUUACAAGCAAUGGUGGAAGAGUAAAGUGCAUGCAGGUGUGGCCUCCGAUUGGAAAGAAGAAGUUUGAGACACUUUCAUAUUUGCCACCAUUGACCAGAGAGCAAUUGUUGAAAGAAGUUGAAUACCUUCUCAGGAAGGGAUGGGUUCCUUGCUUGGAAUUUGAGUUGGAGAAAGGAUUUGUGUACCGUGAGCACAACAGCUCACCAGGGUACUAUGAUGGAAGAUACUGGACAAUGUGGAAGCUUCCUAUGUUUGGUACCACUGAGGCUUCUCAAGUCUUGAAGGAGCUUGAUGAAGUUAUUGCAGCUUACCCUGAAGCUUUCGUUCGUAUCAUCGGUUUCGACAACGUUCGUCAAGUUCAAUGCAUCAGUUUCAUUGCACACACACCUGAAACCUACUAA